AUGGUCGGACUCGUAUCGGCCGCCGGUUUGGUCGGAUUCCUCUCCGAACCUGACCCAGAGCUCAAGGUCUUUGCAUUGAAGUCAUUAGAUUCUCAGAUCGAUCUGCUCUGGACAGAAGUUGUAAAUGCCGUUCCUGAUAUCGAGGCUCUCUAUGAAGACGAAUCUUUUCCAGAACGCGGCCUUGCUGCGCUAGUUGCCUCGAAGGUGUACUACCACUUGCAGGAAUAUAAUGAGAGCAUGGUUCUUGCUCUGGGCGCUGGAAAGCUGUUCAAGCUGGAGAAUGGCGACGAAUAUGAGGAGACCAUCAUCGCGAAAUGCGUCGACACUUUCAUCUCUCUAUCUGCUGCCCAACGGCCUACUGCUGACCAGUCCGCCAACCUGAACACCGCGUUCCCAUCAUCAGGCGACGGCGCCACCAGCACAUCUGCAAGCCUCACGUCCCCUAUCACACCGUUCUCGAAGUCCGCUUUGCCAUCGAAAUCAUUGCUCUCUCGCGCCGAGGUUCCCGGUGUGGACGCCGCCCACCCCGGUGGCGAUGACACAAGUGUUCAGCACGAGGAGACCCCCCUUGUAUUGAAGCGUGGUGUCCAGGGCCAACUCCAGAAUGUUAUCGAGCGCUUAUUUGAAGAAUGUUUCCGCCAGAAGCGAUACCGUCAAGUUAUUGGAAUUGCCAUCGAGGCUAAGAGCCUGGAUGUUCUCCGCAUGGCUAUCCUUCGUGCUAGCUCCGACGAGAAGCAGCAGAAAGGCGACUCUCGCAGCAGUGAGGAGCUGAUGGAGUAUGUUCUAGAUAUCUGCAUGGGCAUUGUCCAAGAGCGAGCCUUCCGCAGCGAGAUUCUCAAACUCAUUUUGGAACUCUUGAAUGAGAUCCCUGCGCCUGACUACUUCUCGAUCGCCAAAUGUGUUGUCUUUCUUAAUGAACACUCUAUGGCUUCCGUCAUUCUUCGCCAGCUGGUCGAGAAGGGCGAUUCCCGCUCCCUUGCGGUAGCCUACCAAAUCUCCUUCGACCUUUACGAUAACAGCACACAAGAAUUUUUACAGAAGGUUCGGCAAGAAAUUGCUGAGCUUGUCCCUGAGACCGAAGCAGACCAGGAAAACCUGGAUGAGAAUGGCGAGCCAAAGGAAUCCGACGCAUUACUUGAAGACCAGGGAAGCUCUUCCCGGCCUUCGGGUGAUAACGAUUUGCCAGAUGAUGCGAUCACAGCAUUUAAGAACAUUCUGCAGAUUCUCGAUGGUAUUAAGACAAUUCAGCUGAACCUGGAGUUCCUAUACCGAAACAACAAGGCGGACAUCGCGAUUCUGAACAAGAUUCGCGACAGCCUCGAGGCUCGCAACUCUAUCUUUCACACCGCAGUGACUCUUUCAAAUGCCUUUAUGCAUGCGGGAACCACCCACGACAAGUUCUUCCGCGACAACCUCGAAUGGCUCGGCAAGGCUGUCAACUGGUCCAAAUUUACGGCUACCGCCGCAUUGGGUUGUAUUCACCGCGGCAACCUGAGCCAGGGUCAGAAGCUCCUCCAGCCUUAUCUUCCUCGUGAGCACAUCGCUGGCGUCGGAGGCUCUGGAUCCGUAUACAGCCAGGGUGGUUCGCUCUACGCCUUCGGUCUCAUCUACGCCAACCACGGUGGUAUGGCGGUUGACAUCAUCCGUGACCACUUCAAGAAGGCCACAGAAGAAGUCGUUCAACACGGUGGUGCCCUUGGUCUCGGUGUUGCCGGCAUGGCCACAGGUGAUGAAGGCAUUUUCGAAGACCUGCGGACCGUUCUCUAUACCGAUUCCGCUCUCAACGGAGAGGCUGUCGGUCUUUCCAUGGGUCUCAUCAUGCUUGGUACUGGUAACAUGAAGGCUCUCGAGGACAUGAUUCAGUACGCACACGAGACUCAACAUGAGAAGAUCGUCCGUGGUCUCGCCAUGGGUAUGGCUUUGAUCAUGUACGGUCGUCAGGAAGGUGCCGACGAGCUGAUCAACGGUCUCCUCGGCGACCCUGACCCUACUCUCCGCUACGGUGGUAUCAUGACCAUUGCCCUGGCCUACUGUGGCAGUGGAAGCAACAAGGCUGUUCGCAAGCUUCUGCAUGUUGCAGUUAGUGAUGUCAACGAUGAUGUGCGUCGUGUUGCUGUUCUCAGCUUGGGCUUCAUCUUGUUCCGCAAGCACCAGAGCGUUCCUCGCAUGGUUGAGCUGCUUUCUGAGUCCUACAACCCUCACGUCCGUUACGGUGCUGCCAUGGCCCUUGGUAUCUCUUGUGCCGGAACUGGCCUUGAUGAGGCCAUUGACCUCUUGGAGCCCAUGCUUAAGGACUCGACCGACUUUGUUCGCCAAGGAGCCUUGAUUUCCCUCGCUAUGGUUCUCGUCCAGCAAAAUGAGGCUAUGAACCCUCGUGUUACCAGCCUUCGCAAGACUAUGAUGAAGAUGCUUGGUGACCGUCAUGAAGAUGCAAUGGCCAAGUUCGGUUGCGCUAUUGCUCUCGGUAUCAUCGAUGCCGGUGGCCGUAACUGCACCAUCAGCCUGCAGACACAGACCGGUAACCUCAACAUGCCUGGUAUCGUUGGUGCCGCAGUCUUCGUCCAGUACUGGUACUGGUUCCCUCUCACACACUUCCUCUCCCUCAGUUUCGCCCCGACAUCCGUUAUUGGUGUCGACCAGAAGCUCGAGGUCCCCCACUUCAAGUUCCACAGCAACACCCGCCCCAGUCUCUUCGACUACCCCCCUGAGCAGCAGGUGAAGACCGAGGAGGCUCCAGAGAAGGUGAAGACUGCCGUGCUAUCUACCACUGCCCAGGCCAAGCGCCGCGCCCAGCGUCGGGAGAAGCAGGCUCGCCGUGAGAGCAUGGACAUUGAUCAGACCCCUACGACACCAAAGGUUUCUGAUCAGCUACCGGAUGCCAUGGAGACCGAAGACUCCAAGGCUGAAGGCGAAGAGGGAACCGAGACCGAGAAGGCUGCCGAGGGCCAGAAGAAGAAGGCGGAACGGGAGAAGGUCGGAUACGAGUUGGAUAACCUGUCAAGGGUACUCCCAGCUCAGCUCAAGUACCUCACUUUCCCAGACCCGCGAUACGAGCCGGUCAAGAGGCCCACUGGUGGUGUUGUCGUUGUCCUCGACAAGCAGCCCGAUGAGCCUCGCGAAGUCGUUGAGCUCAAGGCCAGCAAGGAGGCUCGCCAACCGCCCCCUCAGACCGAAACCCUCCAGGACCGCCUGCAAGCCGCUAUCGGCACCGCUGCCCUGCAGACCCCUCAACGGGCUGAUGCUCGGGCUGCCCUGUCCGCUGCUACCUCUGGUGGAGCCGGUGCUGCCGCCGGUGUUCUAACGGCGGUGGACGAAGAUGAAGAAGGUGUGGAGGACGCGCCUUGCCCUGACGAGUUCUCGUACGAGUCUGAUGGCGAGGAGGAGUAA